GAAUCUGUUAUUCAGACCUGUAUAAAAAUACAAACAGACUUAUUUACCAUCCCUUUUGGCGUUUUGUUUCUUUUCUACUCUUCACUUUUGUGAUUUUUUUUCCCCGAUUCUCUUUACGCUCGUUUGCACCUGCACAUAGAAACCUCAUGCUCGCUACACCUACUUCUCCCAAUUUCGAUUGUCAUGCUCCUGUCGCUGGCUGGUUAUCUAAAAUGAUAGCGUUGCCGUUUGGUAGAAGCAGAUGGGUGUCCAGAUAUUUUGUUUUACUGGAUUCCGAACUACGUUAUUAUAAAGAUGAGCACUUUGAUACGCCAGCACAAAUUCUUAACUUACGUGAGAUAAGCCGAGUCAUCCCCGCUGGCAGCUCACAAUACCCCUAUUCUUUCCGCCUUGAGCCGCUAGAAGUCAACGAAACAAAACGCUCUAGCAUUCAACGACCUUCUUUCAUAAAUAAUCGUAAUAGCAAGCCAUGGGUAAUUAAUUGCAAAUCAGAACUGGAUAAGCAGCACUGGAUGUCCGCUAUCAGUAUAAGAAUCAUAAAAUAUUCCCCUUUGCCUUCACCUAAUACACCUACGGAUGAGCUUCCUGCACAUAAGCGCUCAAAAUCCGAUGCUAGUGAAGACCUUGAUAAUACUGCCAUCUUUAUUGUUUCAUCUGAUUUCUAUCGUUCACCAACUGCCCCUCUUCGAUGCAUAAAUCCUUCUACCAAUAGCAAAAUUGUUUCCAACACAAAAAGUACAAUCUCCAUCCAUAACAAAACUAUAACUUCAACAUCUACUUCGUUACUAGCCAGGCGAAACAAGAAACUGCUUCCUAUCAAAAUAUCCUCUCUAACAUACGAUUUUAAAAGAGACACGAAUGCACGCGCAGAAGACAAUUUAUCAAAUAAUUGUACCCCUCUACCUUCUCCAACAGGUGCUGUUCUUGACGAAUGUACUAUGUGUAAUUCUACUAACCCCCUUAAUUACAAUAAUUCAACUGAUACAGCUCUUGUCAAAAAAGAAGAGUACUGCUGUCAGAUACCAGAACUAGGAGAUACACGUUCUACAUCAACAGAGGAGCUGUCACCAACAUAUACAUUGUACAAAAGAAAGUUCUGCUUGUAAAAUUCAUAGUUCUUGUAAUAGAAAGGGAACAAUCUUAAUAAAUAAACCAUAGCUAUUGCAUUGCACAGUAUCGCCUUUGAGAGCUGUUGUUCCUUCAUACGAUAUUUUUUACAUUGCUUUUUGUAAAAUAUAUUAUUCUAG